AUCGUCGCAGAAGAUGCAACGGCGCGCGCAAUUGCUUCGUCCUUUCCUGCGCCGUUCGAUGGCCACCGUGAAGGCCGCAGGCUUCCCGGCGCGGCGCGUCACGCAACAUGCUGUCGUGGCAACGUCAAAUGCCCGUCCUCGUCCAAACCUUGUGCCCCCUCUCGCGGCACUGGUAGCGGUCGCGACUGGAGCGACAUGUGCUGAUGGGAAGAAAGGCGACUCGGCAGCUGCCUACGUGAAUUGGUCGGCAACUCAUGAAUGCCAUCCUAUUCGCGUGUACGAGCCCGAUUCCGUUGCCGAAGUCGAGUCUAUCGUGGCGUUCCACCACCUUCAGAAAACAAAACUCCGACCCAUGGGGUCCGGUGUCAGUCCGAACGGUCUUGGAUUCUCCGACGAAUCGAUCCUGGUCCUCAGUCGCCUGGAUCGGAUCCUCCACAUCGACGAAGCCAAGCAACAAGUCACCGUGGAAGGAGGGGUUGUUGUCGGCGACCUUCUCGCCCAACUCCGAACCCAUGGUCUCACACUACAAAACGUUGCAUCGAUUCGGGAGCAAACUGUUGCGGGGGUCACACAAGCGGGAUGCCAUGGAACAGGCGCACGGAUUCCUACGAUGGAGGAGCAGAUUGUAUCCAUGGACAUCGUAACUCCUGCGGGCGGCCGCGUGACGCUCAGCGAUCCGUUGGACCCACGCUUUCAACUGGCCAAGUGCGGACUCGGGGCGUUGGGAAUUGUCACACAGCUCACGUUGCAGUGCGUGCCUCGGCAUUACCUCGUGGAGCACACCGAGUUGAUAUCCACCUCUCAACUUCGCCAAGUCCAUUUGGACCUCCUCAAGUCGAACCAACACGUGCGGUACAUGUGGCUUCCGUACACCGAUUCGGUCGUGGUAGUGACGUCAAAUCCAUCGCAAUCUCCAACGCUGCCGCCGACCGAACCGCAAGUGCCCCCGAAUCUCGACCACCGCCUGCGACCGCUUCGCGUGCUCUACGCCGACCUCACUCGGUCCCCGCCCCCGACGUCGUGGCGAUUCACGCAACUUCGUGAUGCCUUGUACGCGUUGGACCCGCUGAAUGCAGCCCACAUUGCGCGGAUCUCACAGGUUGAGGUCGAGUACUGGCGACGUAGCCAAGGCACUCGUGUCGCUCUGUCGGACGACGUCGUCGGAUUUGACUGCGGCGGCCAGCAGCUCGUGUCGGAAGUGGCCUUUCCCAUCUCCAAGGACCACCUGGAUCUGGACUUCAUGGACGCGCUCCUUGCCCGCAUUCAAGCUAACCAAGUCCCUGCGCACACGCCCAUCGAGCAGCGAUGGACUGCUCGUAGCCGUGCAGCGCUGAGCCCUGCGCAGAGUACCGACGCCGCCGCCGUGUUUUCGUGGGUUGGAAUCAUCUUGUACCUUCAAGACGGCGGCGACGAAGCACCAGGUGCCCGGGACGCGACCCGAAAAUACUUUGGCAAGUACUCGAACCUCCUUGAAGACGUGAUGGCGCCGUAUGGGGCGACGGAACACUGGGCAAAGCUCGAGGUGACGUCCAAGUCGGCCGUCGAGAUCGACGCAAUUCGUCAGCGUCUCCGCGCACGAUUCGCUGCGUGGGAAGCAUUCAAGGCCCUCCGCAACGAAUGGGACCCGCACCACGUGCUCUCCAAUGAGAUUGUAGACGUUCUAAUGGGCUAGAGGUCGAUGCGCUAUCGAUGCCUUUACCGCUAAGACAUCUACCGCCGUGCGGCAUGCCACGACCGAUUGCGUGGGUAGAAUCGAUUCAUCCAAAAGAAGGACUUCCCGAUCGUUCUCCUGUCGCGCUGGAUGCCGCUGUGUGCUGCAUUGCCGUGGACAACGCGCAUGAAGAUUUCGAGUGGGGUGCUCUCCAACUAACUGGACAUCCCGUCCUGCUGAAGCCAUCGUGCAAUUGCGACCCACGUGCACCCAAUUGUCAUUGCCUUCCACGAGCGACGACUGCUCCACACGAUCAUCCAUGGUUGAGCUGCGACCUGUCCGCCA